AUGGCAGAAAAAGAACCUGAAGAAUCAUAUUAUUUAUCAAGUGAAACAGAUGAAAGUGAAGAGAGUUCAACAGACAGUUAUUCAAAUGAAGAAUUUGAAGAAGGAAAAGAAAAUGCUGAAAUAAUUGAAUCUGAAGAUUUUAGAGAAGAAGAUUAUUCAAUGGAUGAGUUAGUUUAUAUGUAUAGAAGUGCUUAUCAUUAUUCGUUAGAUAACUUUUACAAUACUCUUCAAGAAAUUAAAGAAAGUUAUAAUGCCAUUAUAAAAGAAAAUAAUACUUUAAAGGAAGACAAACAAAAACUUAUACAAAUUUAUUCUUCUUCUAAAGAACUUAUUGAAGAAUUAAAGAAAAGAGAUGAUUGUCUUACAAAACAAUAUGAUGAAAUACUUGACAAAUAUGAAGAAGAACAACGUAGUCAUACAAAAACUAUUGAAGAAUUACAAGAACUAAAGAAAAGUGAAUUAUUUGGAAGUACUAGUGCUAAUGUUAUUGCAUCAUUAAAUAUUAAAAUUGAACAUGGAAAAGUAGAAAAUAUUGAAGUUGUUCAAUCAAUGAAUUCUAUGGAAAAUGACUCGUUAAUGAAAAUUUCAUUAUUAGAGAAAACAGUUGAAGAGAAAAUGAGAAAAGAAAAAAUACUUUUAGAAGAGAAAGAGCGAAUUACCAAAGAAAGGGAAUUAGAAGUCCAACGAAUUAAUAAUGAAAAGAAUCAAAUGCUUCAUGAGAAAGAAGAGUUAAUUGAAAAACAAAGAAUAAAAGAAAAAGAAAUGCAAGACCAAAUUCAAUUGAUGGAAACACAAUUAAAAGCUAAAGAUGAAUUAAUAAUGAAAAAAGAAAAAUUUAUUGAAGAAAGUUUAAUUGUUCAAGAAAAUAAAACAAGACAUUCUACUGCACAAUCAGAAGUAAUUAAUGAAUCAACAACACCAAAAGAUGAAUAUAAUAAAACUUCAAGAAGUGUUGGUGUUACUCCAUCUUUUAAGUUAGAAAGUAAAAAGAGUUUAAUGGAAAUAUCUAAACAACGUACUAAAAAAUCAUUAAAUGAAAUUGUUAAAGCUGUUAAAGAUUUUAAAAAUAAAGGAAUUGGUUUAUCCUUUAAUGAACCUACAGAAAUGGAAAAAUAUUCUAUCAGUGAAUUUAAACUCUCAAAAACUCCAACACCUAAGAAAUAUUUAUAUGCAAAUAAAACACCAUUUUAUAUUUCUUUUACACCAAUUGAAGGUAUUGAGGCAUCUCCAAAAGAAUUGUUUCUUAUAAAAUCAAAAAGAAAUAAAUCAACAGAAUUAGUUAGUUUUAAUAAGAGAACAAGAGCAGAAAGAGUUAUUGCUGAUAAUGUAUUACCUAAUGAAAGUAUUAAUAAUGAUAACUUUUUAGUUUAUCAUUCUAAUGGAAGAAUAAUAUGGUAUUCUUAUCGUAAAAGAACAUCAACAUGUCUUAAGUUUGAACAAUUUAAAUGUUUCAUUCCAAGUAUUCAUGAUAUUUAUAUAUUGAACAAAACCAAUGAAUUAUAUAGAUUUGCUGAUGAAAAGAUUAUUUUUGUGAAAAAAAUAACAUAUGAAUUUGGAAUUAAUCCAUAUAUUGUAGGAACAUUAUUGUUUUCACUUAAAAAUAAAAAGAUAAAUAGUUAUGAAAUUAUGACAGAGAAAGAAAAUAAUGAUUCAGCACUAAAUGAUAUUUCAGCAUUUACUAUUUGUAAUAACAAUAUUUGGCUUGCUAUGCCUAUGUUUAAUCAAAUUGGAAUUGUUUCUUUUAAUUAUCAAAGAAUAAAAACUAUUCCAAUGAAUUUUACACCAUCAAUAAUGAAAGUUUAUGGAAAUUAUGUUUUUAUAGCAGGAAGAACACAUUAUAGUAUUAUUUCAUCAAUAGGAAAUAUUGUGUAUAAUGCAGAAAUAAAAGUAUCUAUGAUAGAUUCUAUUUGUUUAGCAGAAUCUCAACAUAAAAGAGAUUGUCGAAUGAUAAUAUUAAGUAAUAAAGAAUUAUAUGACUUUGGUACAAAGUUACAACGUCAUAAUAUUAUUAAAUCAGAAGUAGUUGGAACGUGUUGUAUUUGUGGACAAAAUUGUAUGGAUUUAGAAUGUUGUAUUUGUCAUAAAAAAUACCAUGACAAAUGUUUUACAAAAACAAUGCAUGAAAUUGAACCUUGUUGUGAGAUGAAGUAA